AUGUCAUCGUCUUUAUCACCAUUGAGUGGUAAAACAUUUGUACUUGAACUUGCUCGAGAUAUUCGUUUCAAAGCUAAACAAGAUCUAAUCAAUUACUUAUAUGAACAAAAUGCUCGUAUUUCAUAUAGUUUAACAGCUAGUACUGAUUAUGUUUUAGUUUCGAAUGAUAUUGAUACCUAUAAAACUCGUCGAGCUAAACAGCUCGGUAUACCAUUGAUAAAUGUUGAAUAUAUUUAUGAAUAUCGUAAUUUAUCUAAAGAAAAUCAAUCUAUUGAUAUUAAACGAUUUAUUGUAACAUCAGCAGAAGAUAAAGAAAAUUUUUCAAAAAGUGGUACUAUACCUGUCACAGGAAGUCUUUCAGGUAGUACAACAAAACCUAUUAAAUUAGACGUAUCAAAAAUAAAAAUUUGGAAUUCUGAUGAUGUUGAAUUACCACAAUUUGAUGAAUUAACAUAUGCUGAAAUUGGCAAAUGGGCAAUAUUUAAAUCAUUAUUUUUUCAUCGUAUUGAUACACAAAUGUUUGAUGAUAAUGUUUGUCAAUUAAUUGAAUCUCUUUGGAUUGAAUCAAUUGGUGAUUUAAAUAAAAUACUUUCUGUACAGCCAGAAACAAUUGCUCUUAAAACAAUUAUUGAAGCUGAAGCUGCUUUACUUGAAAUUAAAGUUGAUAGUAAAUCAUCAUCAGAAGCUGAAAAUUAUUUCUAUUCAUGUAUUCCUCAUCAUAAAUCAUUUGUUAUCGAUCUUAUAAAUAAUCGUCGUGCAUUAAUUGAUAAAUUAGAUUUAUGUCAGAUGUUACGUGAUAUGGUUACUGUAAAUGAAUUAACAAAUUGGAAUAUAAAAGCAUCAAUCGAAGCAAAAUAUCGAGCAUUAAAAUGUCAUAUAGAAACAAUAAAAAAUGAUACACAUGAAUAUGCAACAAUUAGUAAUAUGAUUUCUUCAUCAACGAAUCCAAAUGAACGAGUAAUUAUUCAUCAAAUUUAUAGUGUAGCUAAACAAACAGAUGUACUUAAUUUUCGUUCAACACUUUUUAAUCAAAAACAACUUUUUCAUGGAUCAAAAUAUAAUAAUUUUCUUGGUAUUUUAUCACGUGGUCUUCUUUUGCCAAAAGUGGUUGUUGAUGAUUUAGGAAUUACACGUACUGAUAUUGGAUGUUUAGGAUAUGGACUUUAUUUUUCCGAUUCAGGUUCAACAUCAUUAAAAUAUACAACAUCAAGUAUAACACGUCCUGGUCGUCGGUUAUUAUGUAUAUCUCAAGUAGCAUUAGGAAAAUCAGCAAAAUUCUAUUCAUAUACACCAAAUUUAAUUGAACCACCUGAAAAUUUUCAUAGUACACAUGGUGUAAAGAAGACUGAUGAAAAUAAUUCAAAGUUUACAGAUGAUGAAUAUGUUAUUUAUAAUCUUGAUCAACAACGAUUACUCUAUAUUGUUGAACUUUCAUGGAUACCACAUGAUAAAAUGAUGGAUCAAUCACUAACAUUAUUACCUAUUAUUCGUGAUCCUUUAAUAAAUCAAUCAAAAUCUUUGUCAGAUGAAGUGAAUAUUCCUUCCACAAUUGAAGAUGAAGUAAUUCAAGUAGUAGAACAAGAUUAUGGUUUAAUUUGUCCAUCAUCAGGUCAACUUAUUCCACUUAAAUCUUUUCAUAUUCGUGCUCAACUUAUUGAUAUUGUUCUUUAUCAAGUUUAUUAUAAUACAAGUUCAAUUCCAAUUGAAGCUAAAUAUGUAUUUCCUCUUGAUGAAAAUUCUUCUGUUUGUGGUUUUGAAGCUUAUAUUAAUAAUAAAAUAAUUAAAGGUGUUGUUAAAGAAAAAGAACAAGCUAAACGUGAAUAUCGUGAAGCUAUUGAAAAAGGUCAUGGUGCAUAUUUAAUGCAUCAAGAACAACCUGAAAUAUUUAGUGUAUCUGUUGGUAAUUUACCAGCUAAUUGUGAAGUGAUUAUUAAAAUAACAUAUGUUGCUGAAUUAUCUAUUGAAAAUAAUGAUAUUAUAUUUCGUUUACCAGCUAAAAUAGCUUCAUGGCAAUCAAAACAAAUUUUAGAAAUAAAAGAUCAAACAAUACUUCCAUCAAUUAAUCUUGAACAAGAUAAUAUUUCAAUGAAAUCAAUUGAAUUUAGUCUAAAAACAUCUAUACGUAUGCCAUAUGAAAUAACAAAAUUAUUUUCACCAACACAUCGACUUCGUCGAAAAGUCACUGAUUGUCUUGCUAUGAUUGAACUUGUUGAUAAUGUUUUACUUGAAAAAGAUUUUAUUCUUUCCAUAACAUUAAAAAGUGUUAAUUUACCACGAAUGCUAAAUGAAACAUAUGCUGUAUUAGAUACAAAUACAAAUAAUCUAUUAGUAGAUGAAAAUUCUCAAGCAUGUAUGUUAACAUUUUAUCCAAAAUUUGAAAUAGUUGAUAAUCGAAAUGAACAUGUAGAAAUUGUUUUUAUUAUUGAUGUAUCAAAUUCAAUGGAUGGAAAACAUGUACAACAAGCAAAACAAUUAGCACAUUUAUUUUUGACAAAUAUGAAAAUUGAUAAUCAAAAUAUUUUAUUUAAUAUUAUUACAUUUGGAUCAGAUAAUGAUGAAUGUUUUCCUAUUUCAUUACCAAAUACAAAAGAAAAUAUUGAUAAAGCUAAAUAUUUUGUUUUGCAUUCACUUGAUCAUCGUGGUAAUACUGAUCUAUUUUCUGUACUUCGUCAAUAUUCUCUUUUACCAUCAUCAUCAAAAUUUGGUCGACAAUUUAUUCUUCUGUCUGAUGGACAUAUAAAUGAUCUUAAAUCUAUAUUAAAAUUAUUAGAAAAUCAAUUAUCUAUGUAUCAUGAUCGUUUAUUUACAUGUUCAAUUGGUGAUACAUCUAAUAAACAUAAUUUAAGACAAUUAGCUAAUGGAAUAAAUGGUGGUGGUUUAAUAACUAUAUUCGAUUCAAAUUAUCGUUCAAGAUGGAAAACAAAAGUACUUCAAAUACUUGAAUAUAUUCAUCAACCAUGUAUAACAAAUAUAUCUAUUGAUUGGUAUGGUACUAUUGAUGAUCAUCAACAAGAAAAAUUUACUAAUCAAACACCAAAAAUAAUUCGAUCAUUAUUUAAUGGUAUGCGUUUAACUGUAUAUCGUUUUAUACAAAAUUGUCAUAAAGCAACAUUAACAGCAACAAUAAAUAAUCAACAAUAUGUUACAAAUGUAUUUAGUAAUAAAAUAACUGAAACAAAAGGAUGUAUAUUACAUUGUUUAACAGCACGUUCUAUUAUUCAAGAUUAUGAAAAUGGUUUAUUACAUAAUGAUGAAUGUAAAAAUGAACUUAUUAAAAAACAAUAUAAACAAGAUUUAAUUGAACUUAGUAUGAAAUAUUCUAUUGUAAGUUUAUUUACAAGUUUUGUAGCUAUUGAAGAACGUAAUGGACAAGCACUUGAAUCUGAUGUUCGAUUACUUAAUAUUAUGCUUGAAAAUGAUAUUGAUUUACUUUCGUAUAUUGAUUGGGAUGGUGAUAAAUCACAAAUAGAUAUAAUUAAAAAUAAAUUAAUUAAUGCUAAACUUUUAUUUGAUAGUGCAUCGAUAACAAAUAAAAUUGAUUUAGUAAAUGAAUAUGAAAAUCUUUGUCAAACUAUAUCAUAUCGUUUUGGUGGUGAUGCAAAAUAUGAUUUAAUGUUAACAAUAAUUGAUACAUAUAGAAUAACAUUAAAAGAAAAAGAAAAAGCUCGAAAAUUAGAAGAAAAUAUGCAACAAGAUUUAAUGAAUGAAAUACAUAAUACAACAGCUGAUGAAAGAAAAAUAUUAGAAAAACGAUUAAAUGAAAUUAAUAAGCGUAUUGAAAAUGAAUUAUCAAUGGUUUUAGAUGAUCAAAUUAUAACUUCUGAAAAAUCAGAAGACGAAGAAGAAUGCGAAAAUGAGUUAUAUGACGAGAACAUAUCAUAUAAUGACGUACUUGGUAGUGCAUUAGAAAGGCUUAGAUGUGUAAAUGUGAAAGGAGCUGAACCAGAGACGGAUGAUAGUGAAGGCGAUGAUAUGGGUUUUAGUUUAUUUGAUAAUGGUGUAAGCUCGACGAUGAUGGACAAAAUCUCUGAGCAACAGAAAAUAAGUGCUGCUCCUUCAAAGAUAAAAAAUAUGAAAUAUUCUGAAAAAACAACUGGGAAAGAAAAAGAAACAAUUUAUACAAUAAAAGAUUAUUCAAAAGAACAAAUAAAAUCUCAAGAUUCAUUGACAGUCGCUGAGAGACAAGCUUCAUCUUCCGAAAAUUUUAGCCCUAUGUUUAUAGAUGAAGCUGAUCAUGAUGAUUCACUUGCAACAGGUCAUUCUCUGCAACAAAUGUCGCCAUUAUUUUCCCAAGCACCACAUACAAUAUCAGAUAUGUUCGGUUCUUCCCGUAAUUACAGAAUAGCAACUCGUAAGAGGAUUGCACCAAAAAUGCAACAAAUGAGCAUCCCCAUCAAUGCUCCUGUUACAACAUCAAUAUUCUCCAACCAAAGCAGUACCAUCAAUACUAAGAGUAAUACCGAUCCUGUGUUCUCAACAUUUGGUACUCAAACAUUCAAUCAGGUUUCUGUUGGUGCUACGAUCACUACCAGUACAACACAACCACAUCCUCCUUCAUUAUUUGCAUUUGGUACGCCGACAUAUGGCGCUACCAAUAAUGCUUCUUUUAGUUUCGAUGGAUUUGGUGUUUCAGCAACACCUUCUACAUCAUCUUGUUUCUCAUUAGGAGGUGACGCUAGCAGCAUCAAAAGCAACCAGCCUUCAACAUUUGGCAGUUCAACAACGUUUUUCGCUGUGCCUCUAACACUACCACCACGAGCGCCAUCACGUUCUUCUGCACAUCAGACAGCUUUGUUGGAAAGCAGCAAUACUGAUGGUAACAUCGCUACUUCGGCUAUACACCCGGAAUUUUUCAUGCAGCAACAUUCCAUGAGUUCUAGUGUUUUCCCUACACCGCUAACAACAACAGAAGCAGUACCGCUUAGUAACAUAUACUCACAGCCACAAUCAGUUGUUUCCUUCGGCAGUGCUGGUGAAAGUACCUUUGGUAGUGUUGCGCCUCAAACGGUCGUCAAUCAAUCGAUGUCUACAAUUCCUCAGGCUUCAUCAGCAUCAUUUUUAUUCUGUCCUAAUAGUACAACAUCUUCAUUAGUGAUGCCCUCAUCAUCUAACAUGAUGUCAAUGACUACAUCCUCAACUCCUGCUGCUGCUGCUCCUCCAUCCUCAACAAGCUUUUUUUCAACCCAAGAAAAAAAACGAAAUGAAUUUCGCGAAAGUAAUGUCUUAAGAAAACCAGUUAGCUGGCGUGCAGAGAAAUCACCUGUAUCUUCAAUGUCACGCUUACGAUAUGCUGAUACACGAUUCGAUGAAACAGUAACGAAAUCAACGAUAGAAUCGACUAGUAAACAUGAAUCUUGCAUGACAAUGUUCAAGAAGAAGGGAAAAUCGUUAGCGAAACGAACAGCAUCACCUAUAUCUGGCGAAAAAGAUCUAUUAUUACUUGAUGUUACACCACUCAGUUUGGGCAUUGAAGACAUAAAUGGUCAUAUGUGUAUAAUAGUUCGUCGUAAUCAAACAAUCCCAUUGCGAACACAAUUUUAUCCUGUAUUUACAAAUGCUUAUGCUUAUCAAACAACAGCUACAAUUCGUGUUUUUCGUGGUGAACAUAAACUUACAAAAUAUAAUACGUUCAUUGGUGAAUUUAUGCUUACUGGUUUGUCGCAAAAUUUUGCUUCACAGACCUUAGAAAUAUCGAUCAGUAUGGAUAUUGAUAGUAACGGAUUAUUACAAGUUGAAGCUGAAGAAUCACGAUCAGGUGCCAAAACAGAAUUUACCAUUGAUCAAAAUAAUUAUCCACUUGAUGAGAACGAUAUUGAACGGCAUGUUUCAUAUAUAGAAAGUAACUUCGAUUUUCGUGCUUUAUGCAUUCGUAAUCGAAAACCAAAUGAUGCAUUAUAUAUGCUUAAAGGUGAAACUUCCUAUUCAAGAAUAAAUUUUACUGGUGAAUCAGAUACAUUUAAAGGUUUUCCAACUUUUAAUAAAUUGAAACAAAUUGAUUUUACAACAGCAGGAAUUAAUGAAUUAAAAAGAAUUCAAUUAACAAAUGGAUCAUUUGAUUUAAAUCAAGCUUUAGCAAAUUUAUUAUCUAUGAACGUAAAAGAUUUCGAUGAACUUAAAAUAUAUUUAAAUAAACAAGGUUUUAAUUCAUUUGCUUUCAAUAUACAACAUGAUAUAAUACAUUUGAUUGCUACGGGUAUUGUUCUUCUUGUAUUGUUAUUACAAGUACCUGCAUCAGAAAGAAAUAUAUUUUUGGUUCCAUUCGAUAGUGAACAAAUUCGAUCAAUUCUUCAUCGUCAUUUACCAAGUCUUCUAUUAGAAAAUAUUGAUAAAGGUGUUCAAUUUUAUGAAGAGAAACGUUCAUGUUAUGGGAUUUAUUGUGCACAAUUAGAAUUGAACUAUUCAUCAUGGGAAAAAUUUAUUCAAUAUACAAUUUUCCACAUAAACAACUAA